AUGGGCGCGCGCUCCGUGCCAUAGCCCCGCCUUUCUCGGACUACAUUUCCCGGUGUGCAGUGUGGGGCUGACGAAAAAGACUGCUACCCAGCGACAGAGGACGGCGCAGAACCCUCGGACUUCAUUACCCGUCGGCCCGUAGUGGGAGCGCCGGAAGCCCGCCCCGCCCCUCAUUGUGCGGCUCAUACUAAACGGAAGGGGCCGGGAGAGGCCGCGUUCAGUCGGAUCCCGGCAGCAGCUGCAGCGGCUCUCGGCUUUUUAGGCUCUUCUUACUCUCUCCUUUUCGCUUCCGGAAACAUGGCCUCUGGUGUGGCUGUCUCUGAUGGAGUCAUCAAAGUGUUCAAUGACAUGAAGGUGCGUAAGUCUUCAACACCAGAGGAAGUGAAGAAGCGCAAGAAGGCGGUGCUCUUCUGCCUGAGUGAAGACAAGAAGAACAUCAUUCUGGAGGAGGGCAAGGAGAUCCUGGUAGGCGAUGUAGGCCAGACAGUAGAUGACCCCUACGCCACCUUUGUUAAGAUGCUGCCGGACAAAGACUGCCGCUACGCCCUGUAUGAUGCGACCUAUGAGACCAAGGAGAGCAAGAAGGAAGAUUUGGUUUUUAUCUUCUGGGCCCCUGAGUCUGCACCCCUUAAGAGCAAAAUGAUCUAUGCCAGCUCCAAGGAUGCCAUCAAGAAGAAGCUGACAGGGAUCAAGCAUGAAUUACAAGCAAACUGCUACGAGGAGGUCAAGGACCGCUGCACUCUUGCGGAGAAGCUGGGGGGCAGUGCUGUCAUCUCCCUGGAGGGCAAGCCUUUGUGAGCCCCCUCCAGCCCCCUGCCUGGAGCAUCUGGCAGCCCCAGACCUGCCUGUGGGGGUUGCAGGCUGCCCCCCUUCCUGCCAGACCGGAGGGGCUGGGGGAAUCCUAGCAGGGGGAGGGCAAUCCCUUCACCCAGUUGCCAAACAGUCUCCCACCCCCUGGACCUUCCUUCUCCUUCCACCCUUGACGGUUCUGGCCUUCCCAAACCGCUUUUGAUUUUCUGAUUCCUCUUGGGUUGAAGCAGACCAAUCCCCCCUACCCCAAGCACCCCAGUUUGGGGAAGGGCCUGUAUUUUUUUUAACGACACCCCAACUUCCCACCUGUUCUCCCUCUCCCAUGCUGCCAACUUCUAACCGCAAUAGUGACUCUGUGCUUGUCUGUUUAGUUCUGUGUAUAAAUGGAAUGUUGUGGAGAUGACCCCUCCCCAUGACACCUGGUUUCCUCCCCUUUUCCACCCAGUCAUGGUCGCUCAUGGAAACAGGACCAGUAAGGGACCCUCAAUUUAAAAAAAAGAAAAGAAAAACACAACAAUAAAAAGGCUCACUUAA